UUUUGAAAAUCAUUGCAGCCCUAGAGCGUUUUCUAUAUCGUCGACCUUCUCUGUGGUUUUGUUUUCUGCUGCUCGAGGGAGACGGGAGACGAGAAGAGGGAGGGGGGAGUGAUUGAUCAGUGAACGGAUCUAAGAAGAGAAGAUAGCGGUAGUGAUCGAACUGAGAGGCGAACAUGUCGGGGAUGGGAGACGGGUAUGUGGGCACAGCCCAGGACGCUGUGCGGAUAAGGAGGCUGGAAAAGCAGAGGGAGGCGGAAAGGAGGAAGAUUCAGGAACUCAAGAACAAAUCAGCUUCUACUGGCGGCCAGACUGGUCUCUUACAGUUCGGCUCCGGUACUUCUGAGAUACUUGAUACUGCUUUUAAGAAGGAAACAGUUGGUCUGGUCACCAGGGAACAAUAUGUUGAAAAGCGAGUUAACAUCCGGAACAAGAUUGAGGAAGAGGAGAAAGAGAAACUUCAGAAACUACAACAAGAGGAAGAGGAACUUCAAAUGCAAAAAAGGAAAAAGAGGAGGGUAAAAGGUGAUGCACGUCUGUCAUUCAAUGAAGAUAUUGACAAUGGAAGUGAUGAGGAGGAUGCAGAAAAUGGUCAAAAGAAUGGAAAGCUCGGAAAAGACCCAACAGUCGAGACUAGCUUUUUACCUGAUAGUGAGAGAGAGGCUGAGGAACAAGCUGAAAGGGAGCGAUUAUGUAAGCAAUGGCUACGUGAGCAGGAGAUAAUUCGAAAUGAGCCUCUUGAAAUUACUUACAGCUAUUGGGAUGGUGCUGGGCACAGGAGAGUUAUACAGGUUCGGAAAGGCGACACCAUUGGAGAAUUUCUUAGGGCUGUUCAGCAGCAGCUUGCCCCCGAGUUUCGGGAGAUCAGAACAACGUCGGUGGAGAACUUGGUUUAUGUAAAAGAAGAUCUAAUCAUUCCUCAUCAAUACAGUUUCUAUGAGUUGAUCAUCAACAAAGCAAGAGGGAAAAGUGGACCGCUUUUCCACUUUGAUGUGCACGAAGAUGUCCGAACUGUUGCCGAUGCCACCAUAGAGAAAGAUGAGUCUCAUGCGGGGAAGGUUGUAGAAAGACACUGGUAUGAGAAGAACAAGCACAUUUUUCCUGCUUCAAGAUGGGAGAUAUACGAUCCAACUAAGAAAUGGGAAAGAUACACUAUUCAUGGAGAUUAAACUCUUUCAUAGUAUGGAUGCCAAAAUGGGAGACUUAAAAAAAGGCUUGUUUUAUGCUAUUUUUUGCACUUUUGCCCUCAGGAUAACUUUGCAAACUAGACCUGGUUUCUUAAUGAUGUGUAAAUUGGGAUUAAUUGAAACUAAGCUAGUGAUUUACUUUUUAAUCCUCUUGAUUUUUUAAGUAAGUUAGGUUUGUUUUAAUUUUUAAGAAUAAG